AUGCCCUCUUCUACAUUACCCGCGUCGGCUUUCGACACGAUCCCCGACGCCAUCGCCGCAUUCCGCAACGGCGAAUUCCUCGUUGUCCUCGACGACCCUUCGCGCGAGAAUGAAGCCGACCUCAUCAUCUCCGCCCAGUCUAUAACCACAGCCCAAAUGGCUUUCAUGAUCCGCCACUCCUCCGGCCUCAUCUGCGCACCGCUAGCCCCCCACCUCACCGAGUCUCUCGAGCUGCCGCAAAUGGUCCCCCUGACCGCGACCCAGGAUCCCCGCGGCACCGCCUACACCCUCUCUGUCGAUGCCGCCGACCCCUCCGUCACCACCGGCAUCUCUGCCCACGACCGCGCCCUGACCUGCCGCACCCUCGCCGCCAAGGGCUCCAAGCCCGCGGAUCUCCGCCGCCCCGGCCACGUCUUCCCGCUGCGCGCCCGUGAGGGCGGCGUCCGCGUGCGGCCCGGUCACACCGAGGCCGCUGUUGACUUUGCCAGGCUCGCUGGCACCGGCGACGCUGGCGUCAUUUGCGAGCUCGUCGAGGACGGCGUCGAGGUCGAGGGCAAGGCCCUGCGCGAGGGCGGCGGCAUGAUGCGCGCCGAGGGCUGCAUUGCGUUUGCCCGCAAAUUUGGUCUCAAGGUCGUCACCAUUGCCGAUCUGGUCGCCUACCUCGAGAAGACGGAGGGGAAGGUUGAGGCCAACGGAGCGUGA